AGGAGGGGGUUACACAUCACUCGGGUGAGGGAAGAGUAGGAAGAGAGCGGAGGGGUAAAGAAAGGACAUAAAAAGAGGCAAAGUAGGGGGACUCUGCACUGUUUGUUUUUGUUGUUUUGUAUUAGAGGGGGAAGUCUGACUUUCUCUUUAAAUUAACGGAUAAAUCUUUGUAAACGGCUUCCAUCUUUAUUUGAACGAAACCAGUGGGCCACGAGGAAGACGCUGGAGUUUGAAGUGAUUUGAGCGUUUGUGGCUUACUUUCUAAAGCAAGACACGCGGUUUGCAGUCCUGUAAGUGCUUAGCGAUUUGAUAGAUUGUGAGAAGACCGAGCGAAACAAACAUCCAAGUAACUUUAUAUGACUUUAGAAAUAGUAUUAAGAAGUUGCCAAAUGCCAUUGAGUUCUGCGAGAAAGAAUAAACAAUAGCUCUAUUAGUAGCCUUUUAAAUCACACUGACCAACAAACACGGGGAAGAAAACCUGAUCUAUAUGGCGGCUGUAGCAAGUCCAGAAUCAGAAUCGAGCCAGCAAGCUCGCGUUUACUUCCAAACGCCCCCCGGUUCAACCGAGGAAGCCGAGACCCCGGUACGCAAACAAGGACGGGUCACAGUCAAAUACGACCGGAAAGAACUGAGAAAGAGACUUAAUUUGGAAGAGUGGAUUAUUGACCAGCUAACGGAUCUUUACGACUGUGAGGAGGAGGCAAUUCCAGAGCUGGAGAUUGAUGUGGAUGAACUGCUGGACAUGGAGAAUGAUGUAGACCGUGCCGCAAGGGUCAAGGAACUGCUGGUAGACUGUUAUAAACCUACUGAAGAGUUUGUAGCUGAAUUGCUGGACAGGAUCCGUGGCAUGCAGAAGCUCAGUACUCCUCAGAAGAAAUGAAGCUUCUCCCACCUCCACCUUCCUUCAACCAAUCUCAUCCCUCCUUUUCCAAUUUUAGGGGUGUGACCUUUCACCCCUGAGCAGGUGCUCAUCCAAUCCCAUUGCCUCUUUUGCAUCCAUUGGGGAGGAAGUGGAGGCAAAAUGAUGGGCAAUUCAAUCAGAUCCUUAUAAGCAGGGCUUAUUUUUCUCAUUUUAUCGGUUUUAUCUGUAUUAUUUUAUUCUAUUUCACUUUGAAAAGGGGGAAAAUGUCAUUGCUUUAAAAUGUUUUGAAAUGCAUUUCAUGCAAGUAUACAUUACUGUGCAUAUGAUCGUUAUGCAUAGAAUGGUUUUAUUUUAUGAAUUUGUGUUUUUGUUAGAAUAUUGUUUUCAUUUGGUUCCAAAGCUCCCUGCUCUGUCUCAGUGAACACAUUGACUAAAAACCUUUUGUGAAACUGUGACGAUACUUGGUUAAAAUGACAUCAGAAGAAUUUAGACAGAACCUCUUCUGGAUUUUUUUACCCUCUGUUUUUAAUUUGCCUGUUGCUUGAAUAAGUGUGCAGGAACAUUCAUGGACAUUUUAAUUAAAAAAAAGGAAAACUAAUAAAGCGAGUGAUUAAAGCUGA